AUGAGGGAUGAACCAGAGAUUAUUCCGUUAAAAGAGAUGUUCAUAGCAUACUGUCAAAUGGAUCCAGUUUCCUUCGAACAAAAUGUGGAACUUCUGCCACUAUCGCAAAGCGACAAAUGGUUAAUAUCUGCGCAUAUUCUCAACAUGGUUACAUUAACGACAACAGAUACAGGACUCGCAUUUUUUAAGUUUCGUAAAAGAGCUCUAACCUAUGAUGAAUAUUUAACUUACUUAGAAGAUCUGGCUAUAUCGAGAAAUAUCAAUCUCGAAGACAUGAAGGUUAAAAUGCAAACAUGUGGAAGGCCCAAGAAAACUUCUUGA